UUAACUUAGCUCCAGUCUCCAGCGUUUUUAUUAAUGAUAUUGUUGUGUAACCCAGCCACAUACACGACAAAUUGGCGACAAGGUUAAUGAACCUGCAUCGUAUCGGAACGCCACUCAGAAGAGGCAGAGUGAGGCCGCGAGUCUGAAAGGAAGUGGGAGUUCAGCCAAAGUCGGGAACAUCAGGAGACCGAAAGACACAGUUGGAGCCGCGGCGCGUCCAGGCAAGACCACAGCCAGCGCUGAAGCCCCGGGCUGAGAGUCUGCCUGCCUCAGAAGGGAGAUUUAAAAAAAGGAGUGACACACACGUCUCGCCAGAGUACGCUCGUAACACUAGCAAAAAAAAGGUCACGUGAGUCAAAAACAAGGGACCGGGGUUAAAUUAACAAGGGAAUGAAACUAAAUUAACCUAACAAGGAUAAAUUAACAUAAUAAGCUUGGCGUUAAUUGGAACCAUUACAACAUUUGAUAGUGGCAUUGAAGACUGGGCAACUUAUAUUGAAAGAAUAGUUAUAUUGUGAUGCUAACGACAUUAAUGAAGAAAAGGAAGCCAGUGUCUUACUUAGUGUAAUGGGCGCGAAAACGUAAGGCCUACUAUGGAGCUUGUUAACCCCUGAAAAGCCAGCUGACAAAACGUUCAAGCAAAUAGCAGACACCCUCCAACAGCAUUUAAACCCGAAACCACCGGUCAUUGCUGAAAGAUUUAAAUUUUACAAUCGGAAUCAGAGCAAAAAUGAAAGCAUUUCUGAAUAUUGUGUUGGAUUGCGCAAAUUAUCAGAACGUUCUCAAUUUGGAGCUGGUCUAUCGGAUGCAUUGAGGGACACGUUAGUGUGUGGCAUGCACUGUGAAACCACACAGAAGAAGCUCCUGAGUGAAAAAGACCUUACAUUUGAGAAAGUGCUAAACAUCUCAAUAUCAUUAGAAACAGCCGCACGAGGUGCUUCAGAGAUGCAACAAAAAUCUCUGGAAUAUGCUACGAAUAAAAAGUCACUGAGCAUAAAUGAAGGAAAGAAAUGUUACCAUUGUGAGAACAUGCUGAACAGAAAUGAAGGAAAGAAAUGCUACUGUUGUGGGAACAGGUCACAUGACCCUGUUUGUUGGUUUAAAGACAAAGAAUGCUGGAACUGUGGCAAACAGGCCACACUGGCAGAGUAUGCAAAGCUAGUAAACAAUGGGAAAAGGGCAAAUUACAGAGAAACAAGGAACUCCAGGAAGGAAAAUACAACAAGGUACACAAAAUGAAAGAAGGCAGUUCUGAAGAAAGCAGCUCUGAUGAAAACAACUCAGACAAAAGUAAAUUGUCUUGUCUGCAACUUCACAGCAUGAAAGAGACAGAUGAUCAAAGAAUAACAAGGUUCACUCCACAACUGGCAAGCGUGAGACUGAAAAUGGAGUUGGACACGGGCUCAGCUUUAACAGUGAUCUCUGUACAUGACUACAAAUGACUGUUUUCUCACAUACCACUGAAAUAAACUAAACUGCUGCUAAAAACUUACACAGGACAGAAAGUGUAUCCCAAAAGUAAAAUUAAAGUGACAGUGACCUAUGGCGACAAAACACAGCAGCUGAACCUCUAUGUACUGAAAAAUGGAGGACCACCAUUGCUGGGAUGUGAAUGGCUCAGGAAAAUCCAGUUGGAUUGGCACACCAUCAAGGCACUAGAUGUGUCAACACAGGAGAGCAGCUCGGCAGGGAAGAUGUCCACAGCUCUCCUCUCACCCAUUGUCGACUAUUACAAUGACGAGGAGAAGUUAGACAGCAUCGAUGUUGAGGACGAACGCUGUAUCCGUGGCCGCGACUCGGAUGAAGAUACAGAGGAUGCAAGGGAGACAGGUAUUGCCAAUAAGCAGGAUGAUGGAGACUGCCUGGAAGUAAAAGAGCAGAUGUACCAGGAGAAAUUGACAUCUCUCAAAAGACAGCUACAGCAGUUACAGGAAAGCACUUUGCAGGAGUAUCAGAAAAGGAUGAAGAAACUAGAUCAACAAUACAAGCAAGGAAUAUGAAACUUCUGCAACUGGAGAGAGAAAAAGUGGAAAGGAAUUAUAUUAGAGAGAAGAAAGAAACGGAGAGAGCGCAGGAGCCCCACUCCAGACCGGCCCGAGCCACAACCACCUCACACAGCCUGUCAACACCAUGAGCGAGGCUGAGACGGAGCAGCAAUCCGAACAGCAGCAGCAGCAACAGCCAGACAAACCCAAAUCCCCCAGGGAAAAGGAAGUCAUCGCAACAAAGGUUCUUGGAACAGUAAAGUGGUUCAACGUACGAAAUGGAUAUGGAUUCAUCAACAGGAAUGAUACAAAGGAAGAUGUGUUUGUACUUCAGACUGCUAUAAAAACGAAUAACCCACAGAAAUACCUCUGCAGUGUUGGAGACAGUGAAACUGUGGAGUUCGACGUAGUGGAAGGCAAAAAGGGUGCAGAAACAGCAAACGUAACUGGUCCCAGAGGAGUUUCAGUCCAAGGAAGCCAAUAUCCGCGGACAGAAAUCGUUAACGUCACUGCAACCCUCGCCACCGAGGUCCGCCACGUAAUUACUAACAGAACAUUGAAGGGGGAGAGAAAGGAGUUGGAGCAGAGACAGCAACAGAUGGAGAAAACCAAGAUUAUCAAAAUCAGCAACAUCGCCCUCCUUACAGAAGACAGAGUUACCCACCUUACUUUGUUCGUCGUCGCUAUGGUCGCCACCCACAAUAUAGCAACCAGCUUCAGGGAGAAAUUACUGAGGGUGGUGAAAUAAAUGAAAACCAGGUUGCUGGGGAAGAAGGUAAACCUAACAGAGGACAAGGUCAAUUCCAUUCAAACAGAACAGCUUUUGCACAAGGUAAAUCUUGAACAUAUUUUUUCCUCCAUUGAGAAUCGUACACUUAAUCCUUUGUGGGAAAGUUUCUUUUGCAUGUACAUAUUUUGAAUCCUCAGCCAACAUGUCUUGUUUUUCACAAAGAAGUUGGGAAACAGCAUCAAAACAGAGGCAAAUUCUGGCAACAAACUGUAAGGUUUCUACUGUUGUAUUUUCACACUUGUGCUGAAUGUGCAUCUGUAGGAAUUCUCCCUCUUGAGCCAAACAGACAGCACUGCAGGUAAUCCUUAAUAUCAGCAAAACUGAACUUUAAGAACAAUGGAAUGAACAACAGGAUUUCGAUCAACUGCUGCAUCAAGUGGUGAAAGAUCACUGGUAAAGUACUGAUCUUUCUGUGAGUCAUUGGAUUGCCCCGACUUUUGAAUAACUCAUAGAGACAGCAGAUCACCAACCACUUCUUUAGUUGGUGGCAAGUCAUCUUUGAAGCAGACCAUAGAAACUCUCUAUGCUCAGAGGUAAACUUUUCAUGACUUUCAUAUGGAAAUCUGUAUUAAAACAAACAAGUUUAUUGACAGACGUUACUCAGAGGGGCAGGGAAGACCUCCGCCAGAGACCUGAGUUAUAAUAUUAUUAUGUUACUUUGUUAUAAUUUGAUAUUAUUAAGUUACUAAGUAAUUAACUGGUAGGCGUUUGUAUCUCAAGGGUAUACAUAUUUGUUUAGCAUAGUGCCCCCAGUAAAAAAAAAGUUGAUGCACUAAUAAAAUAAAAGGGGAGGAGUGUACCAUAUAGCCUACUGUAUAAUAUGGGACUACUUUAUGUUGUAGUAACAUGUUGUUGAGCAUGCGCUAUUAGGCACGUAUUGAUCUGUAUAUAUGUGUUCAGUUCGGGUUCCGUAAGUAAA